GAACGUAAUGGCGUCGCCCACACAGACGGGUCUCCCACCGAGGUUUCCCAGUCCAGCUUCAUUCCCUCCAGCUGUACCGUCGCAACCACCACCUCCCGGUACGUCUGUUACACCUACCAUAUACACAUCUCAGGCCACAGCCCACCCUUCACUCCAGCCUGGGGCUAACACUCACCCUCCCAGGCCGGUAUCGCAAAUCGACCGUCAACCACCACCUCCUGGUACAGCUGUUACAACUACCGUAUACACAUCUCAGGCCACAGCCCGCCCUUCACUCCAGCCUGGGGCUAACACUCACCCUCCCAGGCCGGCACUCCGGUAUGGGUCUACCACCCACCCACCCAGGCACCCUCAGCCCCCCCAGACCACUCGGCCCACUCUACCUGGCCAGCCUCCAAGCUACCGGUACUAUGCACCUACCGAUCCAGCUGCAGGCUUGCCUGUCACCUGGUACCAACCACCUGCUGUGCCUAGUCCCUCGUCUCCACCACACCUCAAAACGCCCCUCCCAGCCGCCUUCCUUGGCAAUGGCGACGAGGACUUCCCAGUUUGGCUGACCAAAUUCGAGGUAUAUGCCGAUGCUCACCUGUAUGAUGCGACCGUUCGAACCCGGGCUCUACCGACUUUCUUGGAUGGACCCGCUCUCACCUACUUCCAGAGCCUCCCCCAGGAAACAAACACGACUACCAGACACCUCUGCCAGGCAUUGUCGCAUGCGUUUUCCCAGGACAAGUACAUUUUCAGUUUCCAACAAUCACUGGCUCAAAGGAAACGCCAGCCAGGUGAGUCACUCAUCGUCUUUGCCUCAGAACUCAAACAUCUGGUCCGGCGGGCUCAUCGCACAUACAAGUGA